UUCUCCUGCUUCAUCAGGAGCCAGAUUAAAGAUGCCCAGCCCAUGGAGACGACAGUGUGGGACCCUCCAUUUGAAGAGGAGCCCUCUGUCUGUUGUUCUGACCUCCUCCUCCUCCUCCUCCCUCCUCCUCCUGUUGCUGAAAAGCUGAAGCCCAAUCUAAUUCUGCCCACAUGCGUCAAAGAUAUCGAAGUUCGUGUGACACUUGUCACCUCUCCUGGAAACAUCUAUGUGCAGCUGCUGCAGUUUGACGACCAGCUGAAGAGAAUCCACGACACACUGAAGAGUCUCUUCUCGAAGUCAGAGCCACAAGAGAUGCUCUGGGAAGCAGAGAUGUUCUGUGCUGCCAACAACACCGGGGUUUGGGAAAGAGGAAAAGUGUGCAGUGUGUCCACUAAUGGUGUUGCAGAGGUUUUGCGUUGUGACUUUGGCAAUAAAGUCAAAGUUCAUGUAAACAAUCUCAGACCACUCAGUCCUGAUCUGAUCGGAUCCUUCUUACUCGAAUGUAACCUCAGUGGUGUAAGGCCAGCUGGUGGUCGCUCCGCUUGGACAGCCACGGCGUGUGACUUCAUCUCUCACUACUUGACUGGUGCCAUGGCUGUAAUGAACAUAAAGGACCCAUCCGCCAGGCCAGUGCUGGUGUCUCUGUUCUGUUCAAACCGUGCUGGUCAAAACGUCAGUUUCGCCGAUUUCCUCAUCAGUGAAGGACUUGCUCUAAAGGAGAGAAAAUCCGAAACAGUCUUCUCAGAGCAGUGUGUGUUGAGUGAGAAGAUUCCUGAGCCACAGAGAAUGCACAAGCCUUCCCAGACACCACCCACACCCAGCCCUCGAAUCAACCCACCACCAGAGAGAGUGCAGACACACUCAUACCCCCCUCCAGAGCUGCCUCCCUGUGGACACACGCUCAUGAACAUCUCAGCCAUCUCCGAACAAGGUGUCAUUUACGCAAUGACAUACCAAGCAGUGUGCGAGUUUGAUCGCUUACGGGAGCGGCUGCAACAGCACAUUAAAACCCUGCCAAGACCGAAGAACUACAACUGGAAAGGAGUUUUGGGAUGUGCUGUCAUGGGAACCGACAUGUUCUGGUACAGAGGUCAGGUGCAGGAGGUCAUUGGAGGACACGUGAAGGUCCAAUAUGUGGAUCAGGGACUUGUGGAGAGUAUCCCGGUUUGUCAUGUGUACCCCAUGGUUCUGUGUGAGGAUGUGCCGCAGCUCUGUGUGCCCUGUCAGAUAAAUGGAGUCAUACCGAUUGGGAAGGGCUGGCAGUGGGAUGCUGUGGUGCUCAUGAAGGAGUUGCUACUUGGGCGUUCAGUCUAUGUCCACAUUAUUGAGCACCCAGAGGAUCCGCGUGGCUGUGUAAAAGUUGAGAUCACGGUGGAUGGAAUGGCACUUAGCAAGAUAAUGGUGCAUCACCAAUAUGCCAGUUUUGAUCCUGCCAUCAUCAGUCAGGAGGAUUAUGUUGUUAAGCCUCUUGUCCCUGAUUUGGAUGACUGGGACCUAAACACAGAGGGGUUGGAGGAGCCCCAGCCUGUAUUUGGGAUUUAUAAAGAACUCCAGAUUCCUAAAGGAAGAGCACAUUUCCCUGCCAAGGUCAAGCAUAUCCGCACCCCAAAUGAGGUGUUCCUGUGUGUGUUGGAUAAGUGUGAACAGGAGCAGGAAGAGAGUUUGGAGGAAGCUCUUGAGGGUGUGAAUGAGAAUAUAGAAAAUCUGAGCCUGCUGACAGACUUCCCCAUUGAGUGUCCCUGUCUGGCCGAGUACAGCGAUGGUAAAUAUUAUCGUGCGAAGUUACUGGGUUUUUCUCAACUCACUCCUUCUGUGAAGCUCCUUGUGAGACAUGUGGAUUUUGGUUCAGAUGACAUCUUACCAACACAAAAAUUGCGGCAACUCCCUGCAUCCCUUCAUCAUUUCCCAUGUGCAGCAGUUUAUGUGAAGUUAGCAGGCUUCAGACCAACAGAUGUGUGUUUGGAGUCGGAGAGGAUACCUUACCGGCCUGAGUGGAGUAUGAGAGCCAUGAUGGAGAUGAUCAACCUGUUGAACGGAGAGCUCACUGCAGUCCUCACUGCAACUGAACCACAGCUGACUGUGCUGUUGUACAAUGCAGAAGGGACACUCGUCCACAGACCUCUUGUGGAGAAAGGCCUAGCUAAUUAUGCAUAAAUCUUGUAAAGGUUGUGUCAGUGAUGCUGCAGAUUUCAAAGAAGCUUCUGAGACAGCAAAACAUUUUAUGUUGAAGUUGUCUAAUGCUUGGGGUUUUAUGCUACUUUUGUGUGCAUGCAUUUUAUGUUAAAACAUUUUGUUUUGUUUGUGCAGCUAUGCCUAGUUUUAUGUUAAAUAUUUGUAUUGUUCAAGUUCAAAGCUGCUUUAAAGUAGCAAUAAUAUUUUGUUAAUAUAAUGUAUAUUUGUUGAGCAGAGCUGAAGUAAAACUGUUGUAGACUCUUGA